AUGUCUCCAGAGAGAACUCCCACAGAGACUUCCCCUUUGCUGGGUCCGCAGAGUGGGAAUGCUCCCACCAAUGGUGCAAUUACCAACAAUAUCCUUCGGGAUCCCGAGGCGGAGCCUUUAAAGGAUGACCUGGCUCCGAGGCACAACCUUCGAUACAUUCUACCUGCUGUUUCCCUUGGUAUCUUCCUGUCUGCAGCCGAUCAGACGAUCAUUGUGGCCAGUUAUGGGCAGAUCGGUUCCGACCUGAAAGCCCUUAAUCUAACAAGUUGGGUGGCUACCUCAUAUUUCAUCACUUUGGCGAGCUUUCAGCCACUGUAUGGCAAGUUGUCCGAUAUCUUUGGCAGACGAGCAUGUCUCUUAUUCUCGUAUUUUGUGUUCGGCCUUGGUUGUCUGUUUUGCGGCCUGGCGCGAAACAUUCAUGAGUUGAUCGCUGCUCGUGUUUUCCAAGGGAUUGGAGGGGGCGGCAUGACCACUGUGGUCAGCAUCCUGAUGAGUGAUAUCGUUCCCCUUCGAGAGCGAGGAGUGUGGCAAGGGAUCAUCAACAUUAUUUAUGCAACUGGCUCGGGAACGGGUGCUCCGCUAGGAGGAAUACUGUCCGACUAUAUUGGCUGGCGGGCCUUUCUCGCUCAGGUCCCUCUAUGUGUUCUUGCGUUCCUGGCUGUGACGAUCAUGCUAGAUCUGCCUGUUCAAGGGGAUAGCCAUUGGAAAACCAAGCUGCGCCGCAUCGACUUUCCGGGCGCGUUUGCUCUCGUUGGAGCAGUAGUCGGCCUCCUCCUUGGGCUUGAUCGAGGCAGUAACGUCUCCUGGACGAUGCCGUUAACCAUCGCGUCGCUUGGUAUCUCCCUCGCCAUGUUCGUCCUCUUUGUGUUGAUCGAGGUCUACUUCGCCGCUGAGCCGUUUGCCCCUGGUCAUAUCAUCUUCGACCGAACCUUCUUUGCCAGCUACAGCUGCAACUUUUUUAGCUUUGGUGGCUGGCUUGCGGGACUUUUCUUCAUUCCUCUGUACUUUCAAGCUGUCGAUGGCGUGUCUGCUACGGUCUCUGGCCUGCGCCUCCUGCCGAGUAUUAUAGCCGGUGUUUCGGGCUCUCUGUUCGCUGGCUAUGUCAUGAAAUGGACGGGGAAGUACUACUGGCUAACAAUCGCUGCUUACGGCCUCCUGACAGUGGGUAUGACCACCAUCUACCUUUUCACGGGUGGGAUUACCCCGAGCCUUAUCCCUAUGAUCCUGGGAAUGAUGCUUUGUGCCUUUGGGAACGGGAUCGGUGUCACAACCACGUUGAUCGCCUUGAUUUCAAAUGCGACUCCCGAGGACCAGGCCGUUGUUACCGCCUGCUCGUACCUUUUCCGCUCCCUAGGUUCGGUUAUUGGUGUGUCGUUAUCCUCCACUGUAGUUCAACAACUGCUGCGCAGUCAGCUCAGAUCCGAUUUGCGUGAUCGCAAAGACAUUGAUCGUAUUGUCGAAGGAGUGAGACAAAGUCUGGACUACAUCAAAACUCUCGAUCCUACAGUUGGCAGGAUCGUGCGAGGUUGCUAUGGGUGGGCUACCAACAAGGGGUUUGCCUUUAUGGUUGCCGUCGUCUUCUUCGCUCUCGUGAGCAGCUUCUUCAUUCGAGAAAGCAAGCUGAGCCGGUAA